AUGCUCGCUCUCAUCGUUAUCGGCUGGCUCCUCUCUAAUGGUCUCAUCGAACAGGUGGUGGUUUUUAAUUCACCCCACCUGGAGGCCUAUCUGCGUUCGCGUCUGCGACAGACACCCAACGACGUGUCGCUGCGAUGUCUGCUCUGGCGUCAGCUGGAGGCUCGCGGAGCCCACCUCGAGGCCGCAAGAGUCCUCGAACAUCUGGCCUCUGCACCCUCCGGUGGGUUGGAACUGGAAGAUCGACUGGACUACCUAGCGCGCGCCAUCAUCACAGUAAAGGCGCUGCCCCGUGAGUUGAGAGAUAUACUGCCUGCACCGUUUUACUUCUUAAGGGCCUUUCAGAUAACUUUAUCAACGAGCAGCAGGGUUGGCAUGACUGACCAGUGGCCCAUGCAGGAAUAUACUCAACCACAACCCGUAAAAGUUGGACCAGCCACGGAUGCCUCCCCCUUUUCUCGCGCCUUCAUUAGCCAUUUAAAAUUUUUUCUUCUUUCAGCCAAUCAGCAAGACCCCGACUACCUGUGCGACCUGCAGGACCGACUGGAGACAGCGGAGUUGCAACGCCAGUUGUGUGUCGAGUUGGCCGCCUUUGGGUCCCCCGAUCAACAGCAGCACUACAAGGGUGCCGCAACGUCCGGCCUGGAGGAGGCAAUCCACGAGCUGACUCAUGGCCCGCUGCUCAGUCUGUCUGAUCUCUUCACCCGCUACGCGGAUCCUUUCGAUCUGCACGAGUCGAAGUUGUUGCUUCUGCGCUUUGCCGGCGAAGCUGAUUCCGAUCUGGUGCGUGCUAUCUGGCUAGCCCUCCUGCACCGCCUUCUCGUUUCUGCGCCCGAGGGUCAGUCCUCACCGGCCAACCGGAGCGCUCGAUCGCCUGGCCAACGU